GGGGAACGGCGGGCGGUGGCUCCGUGGGCGCCGGCAGUGAGGGGUGACUGUGGCCGGUGCCGGUCACCGUCCCCCCCCCGGACCUCUCUCCCGCAGGCUUCCAGCAGGGAGGGAGGCACCGCCGAGGGGGGCUCCCCGACGGAGGAACCAGCCCCCGCCUUCCCUGUCAGCCAAGAGGAGAGGGGAGAGCUGCGAGAGGUCUUUGAGUUGUUCGAUCCUGAUGGCUCGGGCCUGAUCGAUGUCAGCGACUUGAAGGCAAGAAGCCGUAAAAAUGCAGCAUGUCGACGGGUGAAAACGAAGGGGAUAACCGUAAGGGCUCUGGGCUGUGAAUUGAGGGAAGAGGAGGUGGAGAGAAUCAUUUCUGAAUGCAGUGAAGAAGGGUCAGGGAAGCUAACCUUUAAGUUGUUUCUGCAGGUCAUGACUCAGAAAAUGGCGGAGCCAUGUUUGGAAGAGGAGAUCCCGGAAGCUUUUGAGGUGUUUGAUUGUGAAGGCACUGGCAAGAUCUCCUUUGAGAAUCUCAGGGUGAUGGCUAGUGAGGUUGGGGAAGACAUCACGGAUGAGGAGCUGCAGGAGAUGAUUGAUGAAGCAGAUGUGGAUGGAGAUGGGGACGUGGAUGAACAGGAGUUCCUACGGAUUCUGAUGCUGACCGACCCGUAACUACAGGAUUUUCUUUUUUUCUCCCACUCCCAUAUAAACAACUAGUUCCAAUGUCACUUUUCUCCAGCUUCCUUAUUUCUUGUUCGUUUCCUUUCUUGGGUGUCAAAACACAC